AUGGCAUCAGAAAACUAUGAAGCCGCCAUCUCUCUCAUCGACGAAGCCCAUGCCCAUGACCCAAAUACUGUCGUUAUCGAUGGCACUGACAUCCCAUACGAACUGCACUACGCACAAAAGAUGACGCGAUAUCUCUCCCUCCGGGCGCCCGAUGCCUCCCCGAUCCUCAAAGUCGCCAUCCGUGCGCAACAUUUCCGCCGCUGGGAGAUUCCCCGCAAUUCAUAUCCCAUGACGAAAGCGGGAUACCUCAAUUGGCGGAGCUUCCUGAAGAAGAGACAGGCGGAUUUGGCCUCUGCGAUAUGUAUAGGGUGUAAUUUCACGGACGAGGAGGCCGAAGAGGUGGCUAAAUUAAUACGGAAGGAAAAUCUGCAGAAUAACGAGGAAACGCAGAUUCUAGAGGAUGUGGCAUGCCUGGUGUUUUUAGAUGAUCAGUUUGAGAAAUUUGAGAAGGAACAUGACGAGGAGAAAAUUAUAAGCAUUUUGAGGAAGACGUGGGGCAAGAUGAGUGAAAAGGGACAUAAAUUGGCGCUGAGCAUCCCCAUGUCGGAGAGGAGCAAGGAAUUGAUAGGGAAGGCGUUGGCAGGAUGA